AUGGCGCCCGCAAAGAUGCCCCUUCGCGCCGAUGAAGAGAUGGGCAAGAAAGAUGACGACCACCGACCAAUUGAUACGCGCUUUCGACCUCUACGACACAGGUUAAUUUCCCGCCCUCGUCGAAUUAUCGUCGCCUUAGUAGCACUUGUGCUCGUCUAUGAAUUCUUCAAGCAUAUGCCGACGGACCUAGCACCCGCCGUUGAACGAUACAAUCCCGCGAUGGCUAAGCUGCGAGAAGAAACACUGUCCAAAUUGACCAGCCCAGACCAAGUUCCGACUGUUUUCGAGUCAGAGCAGGCACCCCAUGCCACAAUAUCGAGGCCGGACCAGAAAGAGGAAGGUUAUGACGGGAAAGUCAUAUUCCCAGAGUUGGAGCGCUCUUUUCCUCGGUACAAACAUUCGCAAAAGUCAAGCAGCCGUGCGGUAUUAUUCGCUGGAUCCAGUCUGCGCAGUGUGUCAGAUAUUUUGCCGCUAGCCUGUCGUAUGGCUGAUCAACCAUUUAACUAUGUGCAUUUCAUCUUGAUGGGAAAGGAAGAACUAUCAGUUCGAAAAAUCAAGGAAGUCAAUGGGAUCGGAGAAAAGGAAUGCCCGUUGAUAUGGCACGUGGGCCGGCCUGACCUAGCACCCAUAUCUAUCGAUGCUCGCAUGGAGCGAUCUGUAAAAGGAGCAUUGCAGCUCGUACAGGCAUACAUCAGCCCUGAUGUGAUAAUAACGCAGGGGAAAGAUUGGGAGGAUUCAUUCUUCUGGAACGGGGUCGAAGCCCAUGUUCGAGGAAGUAGUACUCCUCACAUCGCUCUCCCCGCCGCUUCAAAGGAUAUCAUGUGGAUAGCUUCGCUGGAUAGUGUAGCACUUCGGACGUGGAAUAAAAUCCAUAUUGAAAUGGUUGUCCAUGCACCUUCCGAGUCCGGGUCUUUGAUCAGACUUGUGAAAUCAUUGGACGCGGCUGAUUAUUUAGGAUCUGCCCCUAGCUUAACAAUAGAGCUCCCCCAGCAGGUGGAUCCUCAACUGCUUCGGUUUUUACAGACACCAGGGGCGUUGUCCCAGCUUGCAAGCCGGAUCACUCUUCGGCGGCGUAUCCAGCCACACCACAUGGAUCCUGCAGAAUCAUCUCUUCGAACAGUGGAAUCGUUCUACCCAUUAGACUCAGAGACGAGCCAUUUGCUCAUACUUUCUCCGCAGGCAGAGCUAGGCCCGUCGUUCUAUCAUUACCUGAAGUACUCCGUUUUGAACUACAAACAGUCUGCCCGCGCCAAACGCGUGUUUUCGAAAUUGAUUGGAAUUUCACUCGAACUUCCAUCUUCCAACCCUACUACGCAUAGCAAAUUGUUCGCCCCACCGAAUAUGAUAGUGAAGGAGAACAGCAAUUUCGUUCCUUCAUUCCUUUGGCAAGCCCCAAACAGCAAUGCAGCUUUGUACUUUGGCGAUGCCUGGGCGAAUUUCCACUCCUUUCUCUCCCUUCGUCUAUCAACCCCAGAAUCUGCGACGGCCCCGCACACCAAGUCGAUAUCGGAGAAAUACCCGGCUUUCAUGGAACACCUACUUGAGAUGAUCCGCGCAAAAGGGUACUAUCUCCUCUACCCAUCUUUCCCGGGUAUCAAGUCCUCUGCGAUUGCCACCGUACAUGACGAGUUAUACGAGCGCCCUGAAGAGUUUGGGGACAGCAAGGACGAUUCCACCACUAGCUUGGGAUCUGAAGAGCAACCGCUAAAUCACGCAUCAAACAUCAUGCCCUUGCUUGACCUGUUCUCCUCAGGUCUUCCAGACCUUGAUGCUUUGCCUCUGCUUGGACAUGGCGGAGAGCAGAUAGAUGCCGCAACAUAUACCAAGCAAACUGAGGAAUACCUGCAGCAGUUUCGUACUCACUAUGGAGGAUGUACUAGUGACAAGAACAUUGAUAAUCCUUCGGCAGACCUAUUUUGCCUUCAAGAAUGA